ACAGUCAGAGAGGAGAGAAGCGAGAAGGACCGAGCAAGCAAGUGCGCAGAGGUGCGUCAACGGGAGAGACGCGCGCGACAGGGAAACUCGGGACGACCGCCUGGAGGAGAACCAAUAGCUCGUAUGGGUUGUAACCCAGGCGGGGACCCAGUCGGUGGGGGCCAUCAAAAUUUCAAAAACGUACGCGGACCCCUUUCGCGAGGAGGAUAAAAGCCGUACACGCUUGUGAAAGGACCAGUAUACAGCUACAUACAUAUACAUCUCUUUUUGGAUUUUUCACCUGGUGACUUCGGAGUAUACGAUCGUAGAAGAUGUUUAAGUUCGUGGUAGUCGCCGCACUCGUCGCCUCUUCGGUGUUAGCUGCCCCCGCGAGCCAAGAUGACGGCCAACAGCCGUCGAUCCUCGAGGAAGCUUUGGACGUGUACGCAUCCUGUUCCGGCGAAGAGGACAUAUCAGUGUGUUUGAAACUGAAGGCGUUGCGAUUCGUCGACAGAGUAGCCAGGUCUGCGGAUAUCGAUGUUGUGGAUGGAUUCAAGAUCGUGCAGACCGAAGAAGCUAAGAAUAGUCGUGCUGACAACGGUAGAUCCUUGAACGACAUUGAAAGUACUCUACCAGCCGAAACGGAAGCCAAAGAAGCCGCUAUCGAUCAGGCCAUCCUUGACAGAACUUCCAAGUUCCUUUCCACCCACACUGUCGAACUGAGUCUUCCUGAAGAAGUAUCCCGCUCUUUCGACGAAGCUCGAGGAAAGAAGAAGAAAAUCGUCAAAUCUCUCCUGCCAAUCUUACUGCUCUUGAAACUUAAGGCUGCAGCCCUCAUUCCUAUCGCUCUCGGUGGUUUGGCUCUCCUGGCCCUUAAAGCUCUUGCAAUCGGCAAAAUCGCUCUAAUCGUCAGCGGUAUCAUCGGUCUUCAGAAACUUCUCGGCAACAAACAGCAAAGCUACGAGGUAGUGGCUCACCCAGUGCAUUCGUACGGCCACGAAGAACACCACGACCACCACGGAUGGGCGAGAUCAGCAGGUUCUGAUCUCGCGUACAACGCGUACAAGCCCUCCAAAUAGUUUAUUUGCCGCCAUAGUUUCUUCGUUUCAACUCACUACCUUCGUUCACCAAAGUGAUCGGUCAGCCGCUGACGAUCACCCGAGGACUGCACGACUCGAUCCUUCGAGGACUUCGAAACUCAUGUGUAAUCGAUCUGAUUGAACGUUUCAGUCGACCAGCAAACACUUUAGUAAGAGGCUAUCGUUCCAUUGCGCGUGACCAGUGACCAAACGUGACGAACUGUGACAAUUGACGAUCGAUCAGACUGUUCGACGUUAACUCAGACUGUUAAAGACAUAUAUGUUGUUAACACGUGGUGUCCGGACAAUUUACUGCCGGAUUACGAUCGUUACGGUGACAAAAGAAGCAAGCCGUCAGACAGACUUUACUAGUAACAGUGGACGGUGGUAGUCGAAUCACCCCCGACUCACCCCCGAAUUGUGGUAUCUUUCUAAGAGUUAACGCUUCGAAGCGACCUCGAUCGCAGAUCUCGGGUCGAACGCGCUCGGACUUAUAGUCAGUACCUUUACAGGGCUACCAGAUUUCAUCCAAUGAUUAUUUAUAUCACACCCUUCUCGGGUUGCCAUGUAACUUAUCGAACUAUUUAUAAAUAAAUAUAAUUUUAUACGGAA